AUGGCAUCGCGCACCCGCAAGAUCUCCGUUGUCGGUGCCCGUGGAGUGGGCAAGUCCACUCUUGUGGUGCAGUACGUUGAUAACUACUUUCUGGAGUCAUACUACCCAACGAUCCAAAACCAGUUCAACAAGUCCAUAAGUUUCCGUGGGCAGACGUAUGAGGUGGAGGUGUUGGACACUGCAGGCCAGGACGAGUUCACCAUCCUACAGGACUCGUCGACCUUGGUGCACGGUUACAUCCUGGUGUACGCUGUGAAUUCACGCUCAUCGUUCGAGCUCUUGCCGGUGAUUAGGGACAAAAUCCUGGAGUCCACGGGCACCGACAAGGUGCCAAUGAUCCUGGUUGGGAACAAGCUGGACCUGGAGCGCAAGGUUGGCCAUGAAGAAGGUGUGAAGCUGGCCCGUGAGUUUGGAAUACCAUACAUCGAGAUCAGUGCAAAGACUACAAGUGAGCAGGACAUCUCUCGCAUAUUCGUUGGCCUGUUGGAGCAGAUUGAAGGUGAAAAGAUCGACCCGGAGAACGAGAAGUGCAUCAUCAUGUAA